UGUAAACACGGGACCAGGGGAGUGGUCAGCAGGUACCUGGGGCUCCGCCGACUGCGGUGGAAGCCGGAGGAAGGGCCGGGGAAGGAGGCUGGUGGGUCUCGCCGGGAGGGGACGAGGGGCCUGGAGGCGUCGGAGUUGCGGCCCGACAGGGCUGUGGCAGCGCGGGACGCCAAGAAUGGCUUCCUUUGGAUGGAAGAGGAAAAUUGGUGAGAAGGUCUCGAAGGUCACUUCCAAGCAAUUUGAAGCUGAAGCUGCCGAUGAGAAGGAUGUAGCUGAGAAUGAAGAAGGAAACUGGCUUCAUGCCAUUAAACGUAGGAAAGAAAUUCUCCUUGAGGGCUGUGCUGAGAAAAGUAAGCAGCUGAAGGAUGAAGGAGCUAGUUUGGCUGAAAAUAAAAGAUAUCGAGAGGCAAUUCAAAAAUGGGAUGAAGCGCUGCAGUUAACCCCAGAUGAUGCUACCCUGUAUGAGAUGAAGUCACAGGUCCUCAUGUCUCUUCAUGAAAUGUUCCCAGCAGUACAUGCAGCUGAAAUGGCUGUCCAGAGAAAUCCACAUUCAUGGGAGUCUUGGCAGACUUUGGGACGUGCUCAGCUUGGAUUAGGAGAGAUAGUCCUGGCAAUUCGAAGUUUUCAGGUUGCCCUUCACAUCUAUCCAAUGAACCCUGAAAUAUGGAAAGAAGACCUUUCUUGGGCAAGAACACUACAGGAGCAGCAGAAGGUAGCACAGAAGAUUAAAAAGUGUGAAGCGUCAUCAGAAGGAACACAUUUCUCACCCAAGUCGAUUCCUGACUAUGACUUUGAAAGUGAUGAGAUUGUUGCUGUUUGUGCGGCAAUUGCUGAGAAACAGAAGACAGUUCCAGCAAAUAAAACAAUGGUUAUUGUGUCAGCUUCUGGGACUGUAGAGACGGUCACUGAAAAGGAAGAUGGUGCUACCCCACCAGAUGGCUCUGUUUUUAUCAAAGCCCGAUGAAGUAGCAGGAAUCCUUUGAGUCUCUCUUUUUGAUUGCCACUUAAAAUUUUAGGCAUAGAGAUGUUUGUUUACUGUGGAGAAACCGAGCAAAACUCCUGUUUGUAAAAUGAGUUUUGCAGCUGAGACAUAUAAAAACUAAAAGAUAGAUUUACUGUAUAGUGUUUGGACUAUGCUUUGAUAAUUUAGGAUUUCAACCUCUUAAGAUUAGAGUUCUGAGUCCAGUGGCUUUUGAUUCAUAAACGUAAUUUAAUCCAAAAAUAUAAGUGGAUGCAUUUUGAAGACACAGCUUGAAAAGUGAAUUCUCUAGUAGUGAAUAACUUGAUGGCCAGUGUUAUUAAAAUGUUGACUCUGACUUUUGUUUCAUGAUAAAGGAAGUCGGUGAUUUCUUUCCCUGCUUAGAAAUAUACUCCUCUUACUAUUCACCCUUCUGUUUUUCUGGUUGCAUUAGAGUAAGUCUGCCACAAAGCUUGAAUAUUUUUGAGAUUCAUUUUGUUUCAAAAUUGUCAUUUGGUUACAUGUGGAAUCUUUGAAAGUUUGGCUGAAAAUGCAUGCAUGUGUACAUUCUAAACAUUUUCUGAAGUUUCUCUUAAUUCUGUGUAUUUUUUGACUUUAAAAUUAUUAUGACAGUGAUAGUUGCCCCCUUCAGUAUUAGAUGUGUGAAAUACUGAUAAAUGUCAGAAUGACAGUUUUAUUUUCUUAGUUGUUAGAUAGUGUUCCUUACCACAAGUGAGUCAUGUUUGAGAUGUGCAUUUUUAAAAAACGAAUGGCUCUUAUAGAUGUGUCAUAACAAAUUGUACUGCUGCAUUGUCCCAGUCAAAAGCAGUAUUUUCUCCUUAUUUUUAAAAUCUUAGAAACUCUGAAAAUAACUUAUCUUUUGCUUAUAACUUUCCGCUUGGAAGUCCUUUUCUAGAUAACUUUUUGGGAACUACUCAAUUAAAUUACUAUUACAAUUUUAAAUAGCUAGAUUAUACCUUUCUAAAAAUAAGAAAGUAGGGAUGUUAAUGAGCGCCAGGGAGUGCAUAACUUAGGCACAAUACAUAGAACCUAAAACAUGACUUAUGGUGAAAUCCCAUGAGUAGACAAGGGUAUAUAUAAAGAAAUACGUCAUUGAAAGCCACAGUCAUAUUCACAAAUCAAAACUGUCAUUACUAAUGUGAAUUAUUUUUAUACUACAUAUAUUGUAGUACAAUUAUAUAGACUACUGGGUACUGUUACUUCUGACACUCAGGAAGCUAUUAUUGCUGGAAGAUUAAUUUUAUCCUUGCUAGAAAUGAAAGUAAGCUAUUUUAAGGAAUCUUACCUUAACCUGUUGGAGCAUGUGAGUAAUGUGCUACAUUUUUCUGAGAUGAUCUUUUUUUCCUUUUUAAAUUUUUACUUAAAUUCUAGUUAGUUGACAUGCAGUGUAGUACUGGUUUCAGGAGUAGAAUUCAGCAGUUCAUCACUUACAUACAACAUCCAGUGCUCAUCAUAACAAGUGCCCUCCUUAGACGUAUCACCCACCCAUUUAGCCCAUCCCCUACCUUCUGAGAUGAUUUAAACAAUUUUUCCUGUAGUGGAAUGUUUACCUCUUUUUUCCCCAGAGUAUUGUAUUUUUCCCCAAACUUACAUCAGAAAGUUAGCUCUGGUUAGAGAGAUUGGUUUUAAAGUAAUCUAAAAAACAAAUGCUCAUUACAUUUUAUUUUGUUUAAUAAAGAAUAUUCUCCCAAAGUAGAUACUUUGGCAUUUACAGAAGUGAGCAUUCACUCUUUAGUAUGUUGUUUCUUGUAUUGGGUUUUUGUUUAUCAUGUAAUUUGUGAAUAAAUAUUUUUUCCUGCAUUUUAAAGAUUUGCCUCUUUGUAUUGUUAGCUUUUGAAAAAUUAGAUUGAUUUAAUUUCUUUGUUAUGUGAGAAUAAAAUAUGUAAAGCACCUUAUAUGAUAUCUUGCAUAGGAUGUACUCAGUAAAUGUUAGCUAUUUCUAUGAAGAACUUUAGUUUAGAGAUAUUUAACCUCAGUUUCUCCUGAUUUUAAGAAGGUAGGAAAACUUUCUAAUCUUUAUCUGAAAGUGAGGAGUCACUACUUUUGAUAUUAUAGGACAAUGGUUAUCAGUUGGAGUCAUUUUUGUCAUAAAGUCUAUGCCUCAACUCUAAAAGAGGCAAGACCCAGGAUGGAGGGCAUGUAACCACUAGAUUCUACUAAGGAACACAGUAUUUAUGCUGUAUUGAUAUUGGUAGGCCAGAUUAGUCUCUUUCUUGUUCAGAUGUAAGACAUAAGGAGGAAGACAUAAAAUGGAGGGGAAAAAGGAAAAAUGAACUAUGAAGAAGGAAGGCACCUCAUUUAUACAUGCCCCAGAAGAUGCUCAGCUAACACUCUUCUAUGCAUGGAGAGAAAAAUACAUAUAUCAUUUUAUAAGGAUGUGGAUACUGCUACACAGACAUUUGGUAAGCUUGUUAACUAUAAUACCAAAUACUCCUGAAUCUGAAAGAAAAAUAGUUGAAUAUGAUAGUGAUAUAAUUAAAGAUGUUUAAUAUACCUUCUGAAAUAACAUUAAACACUAUAUUGAAUAUAAUUUGUGUUAUUCUUAUUUGAAAAUUGUAUGGCAUAAACACUCACUAGUCAGAACACCACACAUCCAGAUCAUGCCUGAUAAUUUGAGAAUCCAUAUAUUAUUCUCUAGACAGUAGGUUUUUAGAUUAUAGAGUAUUUAUCUUAAAUGUGCUAACAAAUACUGCACAAACAUUGAAGUCAUGCAAGGUAUAGAUCACAGAACCCAGAUCUACUGCAGUUGGGGCCUAGGUACAGAAUUUAUGGUAGCAGUCUUAGCAUAAGGAGCUUUAAAUUGAUAUCAUGAUAAAACUAUAGUGAAGAAAAGAAGUUUUACCAGAGAAAGCUAGAGUUGCCAUGAUUAUAACUGACCACCAUAGCCUCAGUUUGAAAAUUAUGCUUUAUGUAAUGAUGUCAAAAGCUUGUUUCACUGCCUUUCCCAGCAGUAAGAAAAUUUUCUCAAAAAAAAAAAAUUUUUUUUUUAAAUUUCAGACUUUGUGAGCCAGUAGCCUUUCUAAAUUGACUCUGGACCAGCCACUCUGAGCUUUGAUUUCAUGACAUAACGUGUAUCUACAUGAGUUGUGAGUUGACACAAGAACCAGUUCUAUAACUAUCUUAAAAUCAACUGGUAUAUUAAAUAUAUUUUUUUCCAGAGAGAUUUUUAUUAAGCCAAUGGUGUAUACUUUGUAACUGAUGACAUUUUAGGAUUGGGCAAGUAAGUGUUUGGGUUUUUUUAAAUCACUAAUAAAAUCCAGAAAUUUGUAAGUGAUUGAUUCAUUACCAGAAUAAAUUAAAAUGAAGUAUGUCACUUUAGUCACUUGCAAUUAAAUAUGCCCACUUGAAUGCAAGGGAAGGGUAGCCCUAUGACUGGUGUACUAUGAAUUGUGCCUUAACAUGUGUUGUAUGUGAACCUGCUGUGUUUGUCAAGGUAGAAAACAGGUUGAGAAAUGUUGACAUUUUGUUGGGAAGACAAAGGGUAGAGAUGGCUUUCUUGCUAGGUGUUUCUUUACACAUCCAUUAAGCAAGGAAUCCUGUAGAGGAGGACUGCCCAUUCCUUGGUGAGCAGAUCUAAUUUUGGGUUAGAUAUUAGGUGGCCAUUAUUGGUACAAGCCUAAAUUACAUUCUUUAACCUAGACCCUUCAGCAAUAAAUCUGAGAUACUGAAUGUCCAUUAGUCUGGCUUGGUCUCUCAACUGGCUCAGAAGUUAGGAGGGUACAGGAAGUAUUAUUUCUUGAUUUCCUCAAACUCCAACAAAAAUAGUGAAAAUUAUAUUUCAAAGUAAGCAUGAGAUAAAUUAAAAAAACAAAUUGGGAAUUUUUUUCUAGUUUUGUAAGUCAUGGAAAUUCUAUUGGAAAUGGAUAAUGUCAAUUACAAGACAAUAUGUAAACAUUUGUUCAGAGUAUCCAAAAGGAUACCCUGAAUGUGGAAGAUCACAGUAUUAACUCUAGAUUUAAUUAGAAGGAAUGACUGUAAAAUGAAUCAUAUUUUCUUCCCACUUUGUCAACUUUCUUAAGAGUGUAAUUUACAUAUAAUAAAAUGCACCCUGUAUUAUAAAUUUACAGUUUGAGGAGUUUUAACAAAUGUGAACAACCACACAAUCACCAUUUCUAUCAAGAUGUAGAAUAUUUCCAUCGUGCGAAAAAGUCUGUAAUGCCCAUUUGCAAUGAGUUCCCCUCCACCCCAACAACCAGCACUGUUCAACUACUGAUGACUUUAUGUGAUUAAAAAUUAGAUUUGACUUUUCUAGAAUUUCAAAUAAAUCACAGUAUUUACUCAGUGUCUGACACGUUUAGCUCAGCAUAAUGCUUCAGAAAUCCAUCCAUGUCAAGAGUCAUCUUGACAAGACUCGUUGUGUAUAUCAGCAAUAUGUUUUAUUUUUUAUUGCUGAGUAUUAUUCUGUUGUAUGGUUAAACUACAAUUUAUAGCUAUUCAUGUGUGUUGAUGGACAUCUAGGUUGUUGAACAUCUAAGUUUUGGUUUCUUAUGAAUAAAGCUGCUAUAUGCAUAUGUCGCAGG